GUUAUUCUUCUCCAAGCAGACAUGGAGACAUAACAAAUGUAUGGGAACAUCGUCACCAUCUUUGAUUAUAUAUUAGAGACCUCCAUAUUGCUAGGACUUAAGAUAAGAUGAUCUUUGGAUUUUAAGGAUAUAGGGAAUCUUGUCCCCGUCGUACAUACUCUUAAACAUAUAGGAGGAAUACAUGUACCGCUCUUCUAAAUGAUUUCUGCUCCGAAUACGUCCUGAUAGGAAAAACACACUCAAGACUGACUCUCAAGACUAAAAAUGGGCACCGUGCUAUCGUUCUCGCCACGCCCAAGGAAACCACUCUAUGAGGAUAUAAACCUGAAUAAUUUUAAUUACGAAAUUUUAAAUAAUUCCACCAAGCCGGCAAGUACAACAAACAUUGCAACGACCAACAUCCCAAAAGAGAAAAGCUUUAGGAAGCAUUCAAUAUUCAUAAGUGGACUCAGCUGGAAAAAGUUCAAUGUCACCAAUAAGAAAAAAGACAAUAAGAAUUUUGUGAAACUUACCAAUAGGCCAUUGUCAAAAUUAGACAACAAUUUGAAUGAUAUAGAAAAUAACAAUAACAAAAACGCACACAAGUCGGUAUCAUGCUAUAAUCUGAAGAGCAGUACGUCAGAUGACUAUCUUAGAAACAACAACACAAUCGUUCUUAAGAAAGUAGAUAGAUUUUCCCAGCAUAUACCGGACCGUACCCCUAGUCCAAGGAAAACUGUCAUACAAGCAUCUACUUCAGAGCUCUUGAAAUGUCUCGGUGCGUUCUUAUGCCAGCGUUGCUUUCGACUAAAGCAGUUUGAGGCUGGCGAUGCAGUUAUGUGGUUGAGGGCUGUGGACCGGUCCUUGUUACUUCAAGGCUGGCAGGACAUUGCAUUCAUCAAUCCCGCUAAUGUAGUAUUCGUCUACAUGUUGAUCAAAGAGUUGGUAGAUGAUCAAAUGAUCACAGAGCAUGACCUUCAGACAAAUGUACUAACGUGUCUCUACCUAUCCUACUCGUAUAUGGGUAAUGAAAUCAGCUAUCCUCUAAAACCAUUCCUAGUUGAAGAGAACAAGGAUCGAUUCUGGGAUCGUUGUCUGAGGAUCAUUAAUCAAUUAAGCUCCAAUAUGCUUCGAAUCAACAGUGAUCCUAGCUAUUUUACAGAGAUCUUCACAGAUCUAAAAUCCUACAGCACCCAAACGAUAUCGUGAGAUAUUUAGGAAAUUGGAGAAACAUUCACUUAAAGGGACUCUGAUUAGACGAUAAUUUAUUAAGAGAGAAUAGGUUCUAAUGUGUAGUCUUUUACACCUGAUGUAAUUUUAAUAUGAAG